AUGCUGCGGAGGCUGGUACAGCAGUGGAGCGUCGUCGCGGUGUUCCUGCUGAGCUAUUCGGUGCCCUCCUGCGGGCGCUCAGUGGAGGAGCUCGGCCGCCGGCUCAAAAGAGCCGUGUCUGAACAUCAGCUCCUCCAUGACAAGGGGAAGUCCAUCCAAGACUUACGGCGACGAUUCUUCCUUCACAACCUGAUUGCAGAGAUCCACACAGCUGAAAUCAGAACUACCUCGGAGGUUUCCCCCAACUCCAAGCCUGCCCCCAACACAAAGAACCAUCCUGUCCGAUUUGGGUCUGACGAUGAGGGCAGAUACCUGACUCAGGAAACCAACAAGGUGGAGACGUACAAAGAGCAGCCCCUGAAGACAACUGGCAAGAAGAAGAAAGGCAAGCCUGGGAAACGCAAGGAGCAGGAAAAGAAGAAGCGGCGGACUCGAUCAGCCUGGCUAAAUGCCAGUGUGGCUGGCAGUGGGCUGGAAGGGGACCACCUGUCUGACAUCUCCGGGACUUCGCUGGAGCUCACUUUCCGGAGGCAUUGA